AUGGCGAGCUUCGAUUUCGUUGUGGGCACAUUCGCAACGCCAUACUUAUUUACCUUACGGUUCACACCUGCUUCAAGCACUUCAAAUGAAAGUUCCUUGAAGAUAUUGAAGCAGCAUGAAGGGCUUGGCUCACAUUCGUGGUUGCAUCUCAGUUCACCUGGCACAACAGGCACCCAGAACCUUUAUGCAACAGCUUGGACUGAACCGUCUUCACUAGCAGCAUAUGCAGUCCAUACUCCUACCGACAUAAAGUUGCUGAAUACAGUCGCAACCAAAUCAAGAUCGGGCUAUGUAUGUGCGUCGGGAACUCAUGCGUACUCCGCUGGUGGUGCCACAGGAGAGGUAUUCGCGCUCGAUUUCAAAAGUGGUGCAUUUACAUCUUCGUCUGAGAGCACUGAGCACAGUAACGACACCAGCAGUACAGACAUCCAGCCAGUUCAGUUAUUGGACUUUGUCGAUACAUCUGGUCAACGAGAUAACGGCUCAACCAUGGACUUUGGCGGUCUCCGGCACGGAGCCCAUAGCGCUGACCUCUCGCCAGAUGGUCGUAACUGCAUAUGGACAUAUUCGAUUGGUGCCAGCAAAGAGCACAUGAAAUUGGCAGAGAAGAAGAUAUCGCCGAGGAAACAUGACGGGCCCAGACACGUCUGGCCGCAUCCGAAUGGCAAAUUCGUGUAUUGCUUGCAGGAGCACUCCUCAGUUGCUGACGUUUUCGAAGUGGUCAAAUCUUGCAAUGGAUCCGUCAGGCUGGUGCAUAAGCAAGGGGUCCGAAUUAUACCCCAAGGACUACCAGUUAACGAGUUCUGGGCCGAUGAGGUACGGACGUCGUUAUCUAAUGGUGAGAAUCCGAAGUACUUGUACGCUAGCACAAGAGGUCUCAAGGAGGGGAGGAAAGGCUUCAUGGCUGUAUACAAGUUGACACCAGAGGGGCUGAUCGAUGGAGCUGACAUAGUGCCUGAGGAUCACGAUACAGCAAUAGAGUGGCGAGACGAUGAUCAAGGUGGUCUGCUCUGCAUGUAUGAGACUGCCACGUCUGGUGGAUGGGCAAAUGCUGUUCAGCCUGGCCCAACGAUUGGUGAUGUCGAAUACAUUGCAAUGACUGAUAGCGAGGUUGGCUACGUAUUUGUCCUCGCCUGGGAUGGCACAGAGAUCAGGGAGGUAGCACGGACGAACUUGAACGAGGGUACAGACACAUCGAAGGGCAAGCAUGGUGCUGCGACUGCUGUUUGGCUCUCGACGUGA